GCUCCUCUCAGGCCACGGAGGGCAGCAUUCACACCCCGCUGUCUGCGUUGUGCGGAUGGGGCUGCGCGUCUCGGUGUGAUCCGGGGGAGAUCCGGGGGGAGAGCAGGGCAGAGAUGAACCCGUGCGCCCGCAGGCUGGCCCGGCGCUCCCGCUCCGCGCUGCUGGUCGCGGCUCUGGCCGUCCUGCUGGUCCAGACAAUCAUCGUCUGGAACUUCAGCAGCCUGGACUCCGCCGGCGGAGAUGGAGGCACCAGGAGCCGGGAGAAGAGAGCCGCCGAGCGGACCGGGGGGCUCGACCGAGCCGAGCAGGAGCCCCCCGGUCCGCGGAGCGGGCUGCGGCGGAGAGGCGACCCGCCGCUGCACGGCAAGGCGGCCGGCAGACACAAGCUCCAGGCGGACGUCUACUACUCCCACCGGCCUAAAGAGAAACUCCGCCCGGACAGCAACAACAAUGAGAACUCUGUUCCCAAAGACUUUGAGACCAUUGACAGCAACAGCAACCUGGGAGCGCGGUCGCAGCGCCAGCGAGCGCCUGGCGCAAACAGCAAGCGCAAGCUGGAUAAGGCCCAGAGCAUGCUGGGGAACGAGGUGCUCAAGUACCCGGUCGUGCAACCUAGAGGGCGCGGCCAUAACCUCACCCUCGCACAUAAGCCCCACCCACCGCUGCAGACCCUCCCAGCGCCGGCCCAGGGCUCCAAUCAGGACCCCCCGUUCCACCAGACCAGGCGGCCGGCCUCGCCUCCUCUGCCGCCCAGUUUGGAGACGAGGAAGGAGCAGCCGCAGUGCGAGAUCAGCGGGAAGGAGGCCAUCUCAGCUCUGUCCAGAGCCAAGACCCGGGAAUGUCGGCAGCAGAUAGUCGAGGUGUACUGCAAGCACAAAGACAGGGCGCUGAUGCCCGAGAAAGUGCCUCGCUACUGCCCCAGAGAAGGAAAAGCUAAUGUGAAUGCACAGUGGGAUGAAGGCGGAGCCUCCAACGCAGCGCCGCCCACACGGAUCGCCUUCGUCCUGGUCGUCCACGGCCGCGCCUCGCGGCAGUUCCAGCGGCUCUUCAAAGCCAUCUACCACACCUCGCACUACUACUACAUCCACGUAGACCAGAGGUCGGAUUACCUACACAGGGAGGUUCUGUCUCUGGCUGCCCAGUACCCAAACGUCCGUAUGACUCCCUGGAGGAUGUCUACCAUCUGGGGCGGCGCCAGCCUCCUCACCAUGUACCUGCAGAGCAUGGAGGACCUCCUCACAAUGACCGACUGGUCCUGGGACUUCUUCAUUAAUCUCAGCGCUGCCGACUACCCCAUCAGGACCAACGAGCAGCUGGUGGCGUUCCUGUCCAAACAGCGCAACAUGAACUUCAUCAAGUCUCACGGCAGAGACAACGCACGUUUCAUCCGGAAGCAGGGUCUGGACCGACUCUUCUACGAGUGUGACACACACAUGUGGCGCCUCGGAGACCGUAAAAUCCCAGAGGGCAUCGCCGUGGAUGGCGGCUCUGAUUGGUUCCUGCUCAACCGGGCAUUUGUGGAUUACGUGGUCAACUCCAAGGACGAGCUGGUCAGCAGCAUGAAGCGCUUCUACGCCUACACCCUGCUGCCUGCCGAGUCAUUUUUCCACACGGUGCUGGAGAACAGCGUCCACUGUGAGACGAUGGUGGACAACAACCUGAGGCUGACCAACUGGAACCGUAAGCUGGGAUGCAAGUGCCAGUACAAGCACAUCGUGGACUGGUGCGGCUGCUCGCCCAACGACUUCAAGCCCUCAGACCUGCCACGCUUCCAGCAAGCCUCCAAACCGACCUUCUUCGCCCGAAAGUUCGAGGCCAGCGUCAGCCAGGAGAUCAUCAGCCAGCUGGACGCCUACCUGUUUGGAGAGCACGCUCCUGGUACUCCGGGCCUCCAGGCCUACUGGGAGAACGUCUUCGAGCAGGAGACCGAUGUCCUCGCCAGCCUGUCAGACUCCACGCUCACCCACUACCACGCCUUCGCCCGCAUGGGACUGUCCCGCGCUGCCGGCUCCACGCAGGGACACCCCAACGACAACAACUGCAGGUACGUGGCCGUGAGCCACCCGGUGUCGGUGCACCUGUACUUCCUGUCAGACCGGUUCCAGGGCUACCUGGUGCGCCACGUAGCCACGAACCGAGCCUCGACCCAGCUGGAGAGCAUGGAGACUUGGGUGACACCAAAAGACCACUUUGUGCUGGCGAAGCCUCCCCACGUCAACAACAGACUCCUGCACAUCCAGGUGGGUUCAGACUGGGAUCCAAAAGAGCGUCUCUUCAGGAACUGGGGGGGUCUGCUGGGACCCACGGACGAGCCCGUGGCCGUGCAGCGCUGGAGCCGAAGCCAGAACAACCUGACAGCCACCAUCGUGUGGGUCGACCCCACCAACGUCAUCGCCGCCACCUACGACAUCCUGGUGGAGGCGUCCGCUGAGGUCACGCACUACCGGCCGCCCCUCACCCCCCCGCUGCGGCCGGGCGUCUGGACGCUCAGGGUCCUGCACCACUGGAGCCCGCUGGGCCAGACGAGCUUCGUCGUCGCUCCGCUGGAGUUUCACCGACAGCAGCUCAUCCAGAGAGACGACGCUCUGCGGCUGCACGGCGGUCCGACCAGGAACUCCUACAUGGAGCAGAGCUUCCACGGCCUGAACCCGGUCCUGCAGCUGCCGGUGAGCCUGGGCGCCGUGGAGGAGGCCGAGGCCAACGCCGGCCUGACGGGGGCGCCGCUGCGCCGCUGGCUGGACGGGCUCCUGCAGGGCCACUGGUCCGCCGCGGACAUCUGCUCACUGGGCUCCAGCUCCUGCCCCUUCAUGCAACACUGCCACCUCACGGCGUGGAGCUCCCGCAGCCCCGACCCAAAAUCUGAACUGAAGCCGCCCAGAGUGGACGGACGGAUCAGGUAGCAGUCGGAGGACGAGUGGACGGAGGGAACAGAUGAAGGAAGACACCUUUGUGUCUAGAUAUUUAUUUAUUUAAGUCCGUGAGGUUGAAAGAGAAGAAGCUUCAGACGGGAAGUGGGAAGACUCAGAAGUCGGGUCUCACGUUUUUUUGGACAACAGUGUUCUGAGUGAAUGAAUGAAUGAAUGAAUGAAUGAAUGAAUGAAUGAAUGAAUGAAUGAAUGAAUGAAUGAAUGAAUGAAUGAAUGAAUGAAUGAAUGAAUGAAUGUUAGAUGAAGAACUCCAUACCUCCUGUUGAGCGUCUCCUCGGUUACGGAGAUGCCCGACAUGCAGACAACAGCUGCUGUUGCUCUCUUAGGCCCAUCAUUUAAAAGUUUUAGAGAAAAUUUGUAAAAGGGUUUUAUUUAAUUUUCUGAAAUUUAGUUUGCUGAAAUCUUUCAAUGUGAGAAUUCUAAAUUAAGUUUUUCUCUCUUUUUGUCAGUUUUUAAUGUUCAAAGACUGAAUGAACGUACUGUAUAUAUAUUUGAAGUUGUUGGAUCUGACCUUCACCGAGCACACCGAGGUUAAUCAAUCAGAUCUUUGUGGCCUGAAACAACAUUCAGCAGUGACAGAAAACUUCAAAGAUGACAGCACAUUGCUGAGUGUUUUCACUCUUUUACCCACUCUUAGCUUGUUUUGAUUCCGCUGCCGGUGCGUCACAGGUAAAAUAAGUGUAAGUGAGUUGUUGGGUUUGCCGUACAGGCGGCCUGCAGGAUGUCAGCUGUUAUUUCGUCGUACCAAAACAAGUCACAAGAAAGAUGAAUAAAAGUGUUGGUGUCAUGGCUGCUCUCCUGACGCCACAUGACACAUGGGGUGCAACUUGAAUGUAAACACAAAAACAUGAAAGUGGAGUUUGAUUUGUGACAUUUGAAGAGUGAAAUUCAGAACAGAAAAAAAUAUUUAAUAUAAGAUCUAUUUAUUUUGCACAUUUCAUGCACAUGGGAAGAAUAAAAAGCAUAAAAGCAUUCAAGCGGCAGAAUUACAUCCUGAAUGCAGCAUCUGUCCAUCCUUUCAUUUUCUGUACCUGCCUUAUCCUGUUCAGGGCCACAGAGAGCCUGGAACAUGAAAGAUGGUUCCAUCCGUCCAUUAAAUAACACUUAUGGAGCUCCCUCUUUCCUGGUCACCUCUUCCAGCCCUCCGGAGGGCAAACCGAGGUGUUUCCAGACCAGCCAGAUAUAUAAUCUCUCCAUCGUGUCCCGGGUCUGUGCCGGUUGGACACAAACAGAUCCCAAGCACACACACAAAGCUGGUAUGGACACGACUCAUAAAGGAACAUUUAAAAGAAAAGUCCCACAUGACGUGUUUUUAGGAGAGUGGGGCGCUGGUUCCAGCAGAGGGCAGCAUCGCCUCCGCCGAGCAUGCCACCUCAAAUUUCAAACUCCACUGUGAUUUUUUUAAUGCUGAUGUUUGAUGUUGCAACUGACAUAAACAAUACGUGAAGGCUGGCUUAAGCUUCAUUAUUACAUCUACAUGUAUUAUUUUACUGUAAUGCAUGUUUUAACACACAUUUUCAUUUUGCACAAGUAAUUUAUUCAGAAUUUCUUUUAAUUUUUAGUCAGUGAUUAAUAUUUGAGAUGAUGGCAGUUGAUGGUGAACGUUUCCUGGUCCCCCUUCAGCUUCAUUUCAUUUCUUUAUCCAUAUCCAUUCCUGCAACACUUUCCAAGAGGAGUUGGAGCCCUCAGUAACUAGGUUGUGUGCACAUACACACUGAAAUGACUCCAGCUUCCUUCACUCACUUGAUUCAUGUAGGGAGAGAAAUUUGACAAUCCAAUCUGAUCUUUCUUUUUAUUACACGUCCACCGCUGAACUGCUUCUGUAUGAAAUCAUUACAAUCACAUGCUUGAAACAUCACCUUUACUUUUCAACAUCAUUUGAAAGGUGUUGCAGUCCUGAAAUGCAGAGACCGAUGCAUAUGAACAAAUUAAGAUUACAUUUUCUACCACACUGUCCUUUUUUUUUCUGGAGAUUUGAAUCAUCUAGUUGUGGAUAUAUUUAGAGGGGAGGAUGCUGUCACUCUUGCAGAUGCGCCUUUAGAUUUCCCAGCUUGUGUGUCAUAUUAGUUACUAAGCAAACAUUCAUGAAAACUCUGGACUGCCCCUCUAACAAUAAAACUGACAUGUUUCAAAUACUUCAAGCUUCAGAUGCAACAGAUGCUGCUUCAAAUGUUAUUUAAUCAGUCGAUUCCUUCCAGUUAAGACAUCUGUGUUUGUCCGUGCUUGGAUCCCCAUUUGUUAACUUAAGUACAUUUUCUAAGUUCCUCCACAGAGGUACAAUUGUGGUCCAGAACUUGUUCAAAACUGUGCAGGAGCCUGUAAAGUAAAAGCUGGACUCGUGGAUGUAAUUCUGCUUCAGAGGCUGUGCGGCCCGUCUGGAGGAGACGCUGUUAGGAUGGUUCUGCAAAACCACAGAUUGUUUUUAACUUCUCCUUUAAUGCAGGUGACACUGUGCAUACAAUCUGCCCCCCAUGAUUUUGAAGCCAAACUGACUUGUGGGUCUGUCGCAUCAUGUCCCUCGUGUCAGGCAUUAACAAAGUGUCACCUUUUCAGAUGUCGAUGCAAUCGUCCCACAAUCAAAUUGCAGCUCCACAGUCUAUUGGUCAAUGAAAUGAUUUGGGGGAUGGACCGCGUCGACGCACCAGCUUUGUGAAGAAGUUAGAUGUUUUAAUUGAUGUGAUGAAAGCGUCUGCAAUAACCACACGUGUCAUAUGCUGUCACGUGCUACUGCAGCAGUCCUGUAAGGGCACAAAGUAGACCUCAUUUCAAAGUCAAUUGUGAAUACUUAAAAACACAUACAAAUCUUACAGAAUUUAAACAGGUUAUACUGAUAUUCAUUUAUUUUUUAUUUUAAAAUAAAGCCUAUUUAAUCAAAUCCAGGUCCCUGGUUGCUCAAUCCCAUUGGUUAAAACAAAACCAAACAAAAACACGUGAAUGCAGAAAAUAAUAAUUACAUCCACAAAUAAACGACUACAUCAGUCUUUAUGUCAGCAUUUUCUUACAAAACUUUGUAUUAAAAACGUUUAUCUGUAUUAGUUAGGUCAGUGUAACAAAAAAAAGAAGAAGCAAACAAUUUUCAGUAAAUUUGAACAAGCUGGUUACACUAACCUCCUAUUUGAACUCACUUCAGUUUAGUUUAGUUUAAUUUAGGACACUGAAACAAACUACUGUACUUUUACAAGAACCAAUUGAUAUUUGGAGAUAGAUUACUUAAAUAAAAUCGAAGAAUUGUAACAUUAAAUAAAUAUAAAACAUAAAUGAAUGUAUAAAAUAAUAUAUAUAUAAAUGGUAAUGACAGCUACCUUUAAUAAAGGCAAAUCUAGAAAUGUACAUAUAAAUUCAAGAUAUUACACAAAUGAGAUUACUUCAUUUGCAAAAACAAAAAUGAAACAUAUUUUUACAUUAGUAUAUUUGUCAGUAUUUCUCUGUAUUUAUUUAAUUUUAUUCCGCCACACAUCCCACUUUCAUUUAUGUCGUUCUUUAUUACUAAAACAGCGACUGAUAUAUUCCUUAAUCUUUAAAAAGAGUUGAUCGAGUUUGUGAGUUUUCUAGAAAAUAAUGUUGUUACGAGGACCAAUCUGGAGAUCAUGAACAUAAAUCUCUGAGUGAACUGUGACAUUCAGCACUUUAAGUCAGAAAGACGAACUAUAUUCAUAUUUAUUCAGGACACCGUUGUCAGGAUAAUUUUACAAUUUUCCCUCUUAAAGCCACUUUAUGUAGCACCUCCACUUGUGACCACACAGGGGCAGCGGAUCAGAGCCAAAACCAACAAUAGUUGCAGUUCCUCUACUUAACACUAGGGGCCGGCUCUAAUUGACAGCUGUCAUCACUUUAGCUACUUAGUGCUUUGCAUUGUGUUAUAUUCUGAGCUGUGAAUAAAUACCUAACAGAGCACAAUCAUUAAUAUUUUAAAGAAGAUGCGCUGUGCUGGAAGCACCUGAGGAUGAAGCUCAUUUAAGAGCAGGCAGCUCGUUCCAAACAAGCGGCCCUUUCUGAUUUUGCCACUAAAACGACUUUUGAAAAGGGAGUUCCUGUUGCAAAUGUUCAGCUGAUGGAGCCAGGAGCCACGGUGGAUGAUUCCAGGUCGCUUCUAAGCGUUAGUCUGCUGAGACUCACAGUCCUUCAGUUUCCCACGCCAGUAGGGUUGCCCAACUGGCGGGGACAGGGGACCCCCCCGCCCCUCCAUCACUUGUUUCGGAUGUCAUUUCAGUAGCAACAGUUGAAAUGAGGAUGUUUAGACCGAUGUGAUCAGAACCAGAAAGAGGGAAUAUUAAUUAGUGUCAUGGGUUAGCAUGAACCAAGCACACCCAACUAGUUAUUUGGGA